UUGGCUUAAAGCCUGGCGGGUUCCGAGCAGAGCGGACGUCUCUACUGCUGAGCUGCAGCCAAAAUACUACAGCCGGCAUCCGUGCUCCCUUCGCUUGGAUUCCAGCGCCGGGCCAAAAAACUGAAAAAAAGGGCUUAAUUUUUCAGCCAGAAAUUCAAAAAAAAAUUUCUUUUAUCUUUUUCUGCACGAUUUUUGAUAGCAUUCAAUUCCAAACCCCAGGCCUUUGGGGUUUUUUUCCCCCUUUAUUUUGGCCAUUGCAGUUGAGCCUUAACGCCCUUCCUCUCCCUAUUUCUGUCUAAACCAAACCAACUUUCCUGCCACCAUGGUGAUGUUCAAGAAGAUCAAGACUUUCGAGCUGGUUUUCAGCGAGCCGGACAAGGUCUACUUCAGUGGAGAGAAGGUGGCUGGCCGUGUGGUGGUGGAAGUGACCGACGUCACCCGAGUCACGGCUGUGAAGGUGUUGGCCUGUGGCGUGGCCAAGGUCAACUGGGCCAAGGGCCCCCACCACCGCAAGCAGGAGAUGGAGUACCUCCGCUACAACGAGGUCCUGACCCUGGAUGACAAGCCCACUGAUGAGGAUGGCUCUGUGAUCUUGAGACCUGGGAACAAAUAUGAAUACAAGUUUGGAUUUGAGCUUCCUCAAGGACCCCUUGGUACUACCUUCAAAGGGAAGUACGGCUGUGUAGAUUACUGGGUGAAGGCUUUCUUGGAGCGCCCAUCAGUCCCACCUCAGGAGACAAAGAAGCAUUUUGAGGUCAUGGACCCUGUUGACAUCAACACUCCAGAUCUACUGUCUCCCGUCUCUGCCAAGAAGGAGAAGAAGGUGUCCUGCAUGUUCUUUCCUGAUGGCCAUGUGUCUGUCAGUGCCAGGAUCGACAGGAAGGGGUUCUGCGAAGGGGAUGAAAUCUGCAUCAAUGCAGACUUUGAGAACACAUGCUCCCGCAUAGUGGUACCCAAGGCAGCCAUCAUUUCCAAGCACACCUACCUAGCGAAUGGCGAGACCAAAGUUUUCAUCCAGAAACUCUCCUGUGUGCGUGGCAACCACAUCAUCUCGGGCAUGUCUGACACCUGGCGGGGCAAAACAAUCCGUGUCAAGAAGAUCAAACCCUCCAUCCUGGGCUGCAACAUCUUGCGUGUGGAGUACUUCCUGCAGAUCUAUGUGAGUGUUCCUGGCUCCAAGAAGAUCAUCCUGGAACUGCCUCUUGUCAUUGGCAGCAGAUCUGGGAUUGGCAGCCGCAGUUCCAGCAUGGCCAGUCAGGCGAGCUCUGAAAUGAGCUGGGUGGACCUGAACCUCCCUGAUGCUCCAGAAGCACCCCCAUGCUACCUGGACAUUGUGCCUGAAGAUCACCGCCUGGAGAGCCCCACCACUCCCCUUUUGGAUGAUCUAGACAGUUCCUUUGACAGCCCCAUCUUCAUGUAUGCUCCUGAGUUCAAGUUCAUGCCUCCACCUACUUACACUGAGGUGGAUCCUUGCACUGUCAACAACAAUGUGCAGUGAGUGCUGAGCGAGGAAACAGCUGUUGCUCUGUUUCUCCGACUUUCCAUGAACUCUUAAUCUGCAUUGAUUAUACCCAGCUGCAGCAGAAUGGGUAGUAAAGCCCUGAUGCAGAAAAAGCAUUGCAAGAAGGAUGCAUUUGAUGCAUCCAAGAGAUGCAGUGCA